UAUUAUCCUUUAAACUAACACGCACAAGAUGAGUUCUGAUUAACGAUCAAUAUUGUUAAACCAAGAUAUUUCCUUUCCAAGAAAUCAUCAUGCACUAGAGCAUAUUAGUCCUUUCAAAUGUAUAACAAUAGUAAGCUUUCAAAAUGCAAUAGUAGUUGAAUCCCCUUUUAUUUUGUUAACCGUGUUCCCCUUUAUAACGCCUAAAUUGUAUUGCUGUCUUCCAAAACGGAGGUUUAUUCAAAUAAUGACACUGGAAUUUAAGGAUCCUAAAACUAUAAAUGUAUACAACUGUCAAAUCUAAACCAGUUUUAUAAAAACUUGUCCGGUAAUAGCACGCGAAGUUUAUUAAAAUUGAGUGAUACCUCACACUCAGUCCCGUACGAGAAAUUUUUAAUAAUUUGACAAUUUUUCUAUUUUUUUUUCUGUUAAUACAAGCAAAAACUAUUCUGCAUUUUAAAGUUUUUCAGCCCUUACAUCCUAUUUAAACGAAGCCCCGCUCCCAUGUGUCAUCGCGGUAAAACAGCUAGGCGGGUAGUUCCACCGUUCAGCACCAGGGGGAGAUUUCUUCGGGUGGAGCAACGUGUAAUGGCUGUGGCCAUGUCUGGGAAGGAUGUUACUGGUUACCUUCAGCAGCAGCAGGAGGAAUUUGGAAAUACUGAAGGCGAAAGAUGGAAGAAGCUGGAAACUAUGUACAAUAAGAAAUUUUGGCAUCAGCUCACUAUGGAAUUGCUAGAUUUUGUUCAGAGUCCAGCAUUCGCCACUGGUGACAGGAUCAUCAAGCUGUAUGAGAAUUUCGUUAGCGACUUUGAACACAGAAUCAAUCCGCUGUCACUGGUAGAGAUCAUUUUGCUGGUGGUGCGUCAGAUUUCUGAAUCUGAAAAUGCAUUGGUUCUACUGGAAAAAACCAAAGAAAAGGUCAAAAAUAACACUGAAGCUGUCAUUCUGUGCUUCACAGCAAUAGCAGCUAUCAAAUUAAAAACCGGAGAUCUGCCAGCAACCAAAAAAAUCCUGAAUGAAGUUGAGGAAAUGUUGGAUAAACUGCCUGGAGUCACCUCCCUUCACAGCCGUUUCUAUGACACCUCCAGCAGUUACUACCAAGUCAUGGGAGAACAUGCUGCUUACUACAGAGAGGCCUUGCGCUACCUAGGCUGUAUUGACCUACAGGAGCUUUCAGUGGAUGCACAGCAACAGAAGGCCUUCACUCUUGGUCUGGCGGCACUUCUUGGCGAUGGAGUAUAUAAUUUUGGGGAACUGCUGAUGCACCCCAUCUUGGAGUCACUACGGAGCGGGGAUAAAAAGUGGCUCAUUGACACACUGUACGCAUUCAACAGUGGGAAUGUGGAGGACUUCUGUGACCUUAAAAGCUUUUGGGGCAAUCAGGAGACUGAUCUGGCCUUGAAUGAGAGCAAACUGAUGGAAAAACUACAGCUGCUGUGCCUUAUGGAGAUGGUAUUUACCAGACCAGCUCAUCACCGACAGAUUACCUUCCAGGAAAUUGCAAAGGAAACCAAGCUGCCCAUCACUGAGGUCGAGCUCCUUGUAAUGAAAGCCCUGUCUAAUGGUCUAGUCAAGGGGAGUAUUGAUGAAGUUGACAGGAAAGUGCACCUCACUUGGGUUCAGCCUAGAGUAAUGGAUUUAAAACAGAUUUCUGAAAUGAAGGACCGUCUAGAGAAUUGGUGCGGGAGCAUCAGGAAGACUUCUGUGCUGGUGGAGAACCAUGCUCAUGAAGUCCUUGGAUAAGGGGUGAUUGAUCACAGAUGUUUAUGUUAGCAGUGUUCGGUGUUACCAGGAAAUAAUUAAGGGCUUUUCAGACACCAGUUUAUACCGCUGAAGCAGAUUAAUGUAUGUCCUGCUUUUUAUUAUUAAAGAAUUAGAUCCAAGCUCUGUCUUUCUGAUUAUUUGUUUGACGGUGUGCUCAUUGUUCCCAGUGCUCCUUUUAAAGGUGUUUGAAUUUAGAGUAUGUUAAAUAAAAACGGCAAGAAAACAACUGAA